CACAAAUCUAGAGGGUCCGUUCGAAAAGCGCCAUACCACAUUUCAAAUUUUGAAAUCAACUCAUUUCUCAACGUCUCUCUACGCUCCUCUUCCAUUUCUCCGAUUACCCGCUCCUGCAAAACCCUAAAUCGGACAAAAAUUUCAAAAUCCUUGAAUUUCUUUCAGAAAUCGCUAAAAUUUUACCAAUUCAUCUUCGCAUUUACUUUUCUUGACAUCAAUGGCGUCCUCUCGUAACCAAAAUCGACCUCCCAAUUUUCCUCUCAAUAAGAAAGAUGGAGGAGAAGAAAUUUCAUUGGAUAAACGUCGGAAAGUUGGUGGAGGUGGAGGAGGGAGAUUGACGGGUCCUACUGCGGCAAGUAGAGCAAGACAAGUUCUUUCAACUGUGAAUUCGAACAAUCAAGAUAGUGCGAGUGAUGCGGCGUCAAUCGCGGAAACUUCGGAGAGUGCUGAGUUUACUAAAGAAGAAGUUGAGGCGUUGUUGAAUGAGAAGAUUAAGGGCAAAAAGUUUGAUCUUAAGGGUAAAUUGGAGCAAAUUUCGGAGUCAAAUAAAAGGCUUAGGCUUUGUAUUAGAUGGUUUCAAGGAGUUGAACAAAAUCUUAAUCAGGAACAGGAAAAGUUGCGUAAUUCGUUAGAUGCGUCACAGAAGAAAUGCUCUGAAAUAGAAACUGAGAAAAAGAUCAAGGAGGAUGAACUUAACUCGCUCAAUGGAGAGUUGAGGCAAAACAAUGUUGUUUUGCAGGAGAAAUUAGCAAAAGAAGAAUCAGAUAAAUUGAAAGCAAUCGAGUGUCACACUAGAGAAAAGGAAGCUCGAGCUGCUGCAGAAGCUUUGAAUACUUCACUUACUCAGGAGCUUGAGAAACUCCGACAAGAAAAAUCAGAUGUUGACCUAAAGGUGAAAUCGGUUAAUGAUAUGUACACGCGCUUGCAAGAGUAUAAUACAAGCUUACAACAAUAUAAUAGCAAGCUGCAAACAGAUCUUGCAACUGCUAAUGCAACACUUCAAAGGGUUGAAAAGGAGAAAUCCACAAUUGUUGAGAAUUUGGGUGCCUUAAGGGGACACUAUGCCACUUUGCAAGACCAACUAACAUCUUUUAGGGCUUCUCAGAAAGAGGGUACAAAGGAAAAGGAGACAUUAAGUAAUGAAAUUAACCGUCUACAAGGGGAGUUGCAGCAAGUAAGAGAUGAAAGGGAUAGGAUGCAUUCACAAAUGCUUCUUUUAACCUCUGAAAUAGAGAAGUAUAAAGAGACCACUGGAAAGUCUGUUGCAGAGUUGGACAACUUGAUGAUGAAGUCUAACACAUUGGAGGAAACUUGUGCUUCACAAAGGGAGCAGUUGCAUAGACUUCAGCAUCAGCUUGCUUCCGCAAAUGAGAAAUUGAAGAUGACUGAUCUUUCGGCUUCAGAAAUGAAAAUGGAGUAUGAACAACAAAAGCAAGUGAUACAUCAAUUAAGAGAUCGUUUGGUAGAUGCAGAGCAUCAAAUUAAUGAAAAGGAGAUGUUGAGGAGAAAGCUGCACAAUACCAUUUUGGAAUUGAAAGGAAAUAUCCGUGUCUUCUGUAGAGUUAGACCCUUGUUACCGGAAGAUGGUUGUGCCUCCGAAUUACCUGUUAUCUCUUACCCUACCUCAACUGAAGGACAUGAAUCUGGAAUAGACCUUUUACAAAGUGGACAAAAAUAUGCUUUUACUUUUGAUAAAGUAUUUACUCACGAAGCCACUCAGAAUGAUGUCUUUGUUGAAAUAUCAGAGUUAGUGCAGAGUGCUCUUGAUGGAUAUAAGGUUUGUAUAUUUGCUUAUGGUCAAACAGGUUCCGGCAAAACCUAUACUAUGAUGGGCAGACCUCAGUCCGUUGACCAGAAAGGGCUUAUACCUCGUUCUUUGGAGCAGAUAUUUGAAACUAGCCAGAGGCUCUCAGCUCAGGGCUGGAAGUUUAAAAUGCAGGCAUCAGUUCUGGAAAUUUACAAUGAAAGUAUCAGGGACCUGCUAGUAACUAAUCGAACAAGUUGGGACGCUGCACGCACAGAAAAUGGCGUUUCAGGGAAACAGUAUACUAUUAAACACGAUGCAAAUGGCGACACAUACGUCUCUGACCUUACCAUAGUCGAUGUGUGCAGCUCAAAAGAGGUUGCAUCUCUUUUGCAUCAAGCUGGUCAAUGCCGGUCCGUGGGCAAGACACAAAUGAAUGAGCAAUCAUCAAGAAGUCACUUUGUGUUUACUCUGCGGAUUUCUGCAGUAAAUGAGACCACUGAAAAGCACGGUGUUCUGAAUCUUAUCGAUCUUGCCGGAAGUGAGAGGCUCUCCAAAAGUGGGUCAACUGGUGAUCAAUUGAAAGAAACUCAGGCCAUAAAUAAAAGCUUGUCCUGCCUUGCUGAUGUUAUAUUUGCUUUGGCCAAGAAGGAAAAUCAUGUUCCCUUUAGGAAUUCAAAGCUUACAUACCUCCUACAGCCUUGUCUAAGUGGAGACUCAAAGACAUUGAUGUUUGUCAAUCUCUCCCCUGAACCAUCAUCAGUGAACGAGUCGCUAUGCUCCCUACGGUUUGCAGCCCGAGUUAACACUUGUCAGAUAGGAGUUCCACGCCGUCAAACGGCUAUAAGAUCAUCGUCAGAUUCUCGUCUAAGCAUAGGCUAAAGGCACCACUUCCUUUUCAUUAUUUUUUUAACAUCUAAUUUCACAAUCGCAAUUCUGUGGGUAUUACAUUAUGGGGCUGGCCUGGCAUUGGAUUUGUAUAAGCAGCCAUAUAGGUUGCAUUAAUUGGGUUCAUUCUGAUCUGUAUUGUGUAAUAUAUUGUGAUUAUUAAGGGCAAAGUUUCCAGCUUGCCUAGAUUUUACUUGAUUUGAUUUGAUUGUGUUUCAGCCUUG